AUGGCCAGCUUCACCAACUGCUACUACAAGCGCACGGCAGGAACUUCGAAACCUUGCUACGUGUGUUAUCGACCGACCACGACCGUGCUCAGCACCGCCAACACGGUUGACUGGGUCUACACGUGCGACGGCCAUCUCAAGGACCCCGGGUUCGCGAGUCCGCUCGAUGACGGGGCGGUAACGCCAGCGCAGAAGGCGGGCUUGAGCGCGGAGGAGAUCGCGCAGGUGACCAAGGAGUGGGAGGAGCGCCAGAAACGCAAACAGCAGAAGGCCAAGGAGAAGGAGAAGGAGGACAAGGGCGACGAUAAGAAGGAUGACGACACGGACAAGGACAAGAACGAAAAGCCGAAGGAGAGGGAUAGCUCGAAGUCGUCUGCGUCCGCAUCUCCCAAACCGCCCGGUAGCGCCGCGACGUCUCCGAGUCCGACGCCAUCACACGCAAAGUACGCGUUGCACCGAGAUGUGUUCGCGAUGCGCCAGCACGAGCAUCGCAAGAGGAGGCAAGCAGCCCAGGCGAAGGAGCUUGCCCCUCGACUUCCGAGCGCGCCGAUGAGUGCCCUUCCGAAGCCUUGA